CAACAGGAAGAGGACGCAGUUGUUAAGUUAGUAGAGAGUUUAAAGCAGAAGCACGCGGGGGGGCAGGUAAUUAUAUAUUGCAACACGGUAAAGAAGACAAUUCGAUUGGCAGAAGUUUUAGAGUGCGUUUGUUUCCACCGAAAUAUAGGAAGCAGUAAGGAGAAGAGCGAGUUGCAGGUGUUCACGGCCACGAACGCAUUGGGGUUGGGUAUUAAUGCGCCAAUAAUUCGAGCGGUAGUGCAUGUUGGAACAAUUCGAAAAAUGCGGCAUUACGCGCAGGAGAGCGGAAGGGCAGGGCGUGAUAGGCGGAAGAGUAAAGCAAUAAUUAUG